AUGCCACCGGAGUUGAUAGCGAAACGCUACGAAUUUAUUCAGGAGUCGGAUAAACUAUUACGGUUCUUUGAUUAUUGCAAGCGCUAUGUGAAAGAGAUUGAGUCGAACAAAUCAAGCGUGUUCGAGUAUAAACGAUUUCGCGAUGGACCGGAAGUUCAACGCGUUGCCAAUGAUGUUAUGUCGCGUCAUCUUUUGUCCACAACAGAAUUUAGUUCAGAUGACGUGCACGAGAUUUACUCGAUUUGUUCAUUCCAAGUGGCUGCCGAAACCAGCCCCUUAAAACAACGUUCUCCCUGGUGUGAUUUUCUUCGACCCAGUGAGCUCCCAGUCUACGAAUACAUGGCUGAUUUGAAACACUAUUGGCUCAAGUCCUACGGGUAUGAGUUGAACUACGUCCAGUCGUGCCCGCUCAUCGGAGAGAUGCUCGACCAGAUCAGACGUGCUGCACUCCUGUACAAGACGCACAAGGGUCAACUGCCGAUAGGUGGCUUCCCGCAGGCCUCCUUUUGGUUUGGUCACGCUGAAACUCUUCUCCCGGUGGUGGCUGCUUUGGGUCUGUUCAACGAUUCGGUGGGCGAGCCAAAAGCGCAUCGAUUGACGGCCAAAGGAUUCGCCGAUUGGCAAGCCAAACGACGCAUGAAUCCCCCUCCGCCCACCAUGUUCCGUGCCGGUCAUAUUGCACCGUUUGCUGGUAAUCUGGCCUUACAAUUGUAUUAUUGUCCAUCUGCCGGUAAGUUUGUGUUCCAUACUGCGUUUCUACUUGUCCGCACGUGUUCUAACGUCCGAUCUCUUAUCGGAAAUAUGGUCGAUCUCACCAGCUUAAUCAAGCAACGGGAAUAUGUCCAACUCGGUGUGAUCAUGCUACAAGAAAGUUGGCUUCACAAUGAAAUUGAGGAUGAAAUAAUACAUCUGGAUGAAUUCGCUAGCUAUCGUGUCGAUCGUCUUGUUUCUUAUCCCCGACGGGGAGGUGGUGUCAUCACAAAGGAGCCUGCCUUCAAAAUGCAUAAGCGCGAAGAUGUGCGCUCCCUUUCUGAAUCCAUCCGGGAUGAACUUCGAAAGCUAAACUGUUUAUACUGUUUAUACUCCCAUGCUCAGCUUGACAACAAAGUAUCGAUCGGUGUUGAUGAUCCUUGGUCGGGUUUCUUUGUUGAACCACUCGUGAAUGGUCAGACAGUUGCUUGGCCCUUGGGUAGCCCGAUUCAACCACCGACCAAAGAAAUCCCGGGUGCCACAUUCGCUCCUCUCGGCACGGUCCUCAACCGUCUGGGCGGUUGUAUGCCUGGAACGUUUGAAGAGGACAAAGUGUGUUCUCUGCCCGAGAAGCGAACAACCGAAGCACUGCAACAAGCGUCCACAGAAACAACCGGUGAAGAGUGA